AGGGGCGGGACGGGACGGGGCAGGAGACGCCACGACACGGGCACGAGAAGCCGCAAGCGCGAUGGCAGCCUCGCGCGCCCUCUCCUUGUUGAGGCGGUGCGGGAAGAAAAGCGACGCGAUUACCAGGCUGAAAUCCGGCGUCUGUUUGCAGAGUCGAGGCUAUGCCAUCAGACAAAAUUUGCCUCCGUACCUCUGUAGUAUGGUUCAUCCCUGUGACUUUAAAUCUUCCAAAGCAGAAGCUUCAUCUAACAGUACUAUAAUUUACGCUCCACUUCAAAUAUUUACUGAAGAAGAGUUAAUGAUUAAGGAAAUGGUAAAAAAGUUCGCUCAAGAACGAAUUGCACCACUAGUACAAAAAAUGGAUACAGAUGCAAAAUUAGAUGAGGCUGUACUACAAAGUCUGUUUGAACAAGGGUUGAUGAGUAUUGAGCUUGAAUCGGAAUAUGGAGGAACUGGAUCUUCUUUUUUUUCCACCAUCCUGGUGAUUGAGGAGCUGGCUAAGGUUGAUCCGUCAGUGGCACUUGUAUGUGAACUCCAGAAUACCUUAACUAAUAAAUUGUUCACAACAUAUGGCACAGAAGAACAAAAGAGAAAUUAUUUGCCCAGGUUGGCAAAAGACCUGAUGGGCAGCUUCUGCCUUUCAGAAGUUGGAUCUGGCAGUGAUGCAUUUUCCUUGAAGACUCGAGCGGAAAAGAAGGGUGACUAUUAUAUCAUCAAUGGGUCAAAGAUGUGGAUUAGCUUUGCUGAACAUGCAGGAGUCUUUUUGGUGAUGGCAAAUGCAAAUCCUUCUGCUGGAUAUAAAGGAAUUACAUGUUUCAUUGUCGACCGAGACACAGAAGGCCUACAUGUUGGAAAGAAGGAAGAUAAACUUGGAAUCAGAGCAACUUCGACGUGUCCUGUAACAUUUGAAAAUGUGAAGGUGCCUGAGACCAAGAUACUGGGGCAGGUUGGACAAGGGUAUAAGUAUGCCAUUGGAAUGCUCAAUACAGGCAGAAUAGGGAUAGCUGCACAGAUGUUGGGAUUGGCACAAGGAUGCUUUGAUCACACUAUUCCGUAUACAAAGGAAAGAACCCAGUUUGGAAAAAGCAUAUUUGAUUUUCAGGGAAUGCAACAUCAGAUUGCUCAGGUGGCCGUACAGCUAGAAGCGGCAAGAUUGCUUACUUACAAUGCAGCCCGACUUGCAGAAACCGGAAAGCCGUUUGUCAAGGAGGCAAGCAUGGCCAAAUAUUAUGCAGCAGAGGUUGCAACUGUAACAACAAGUAAAUGUAUCGAAUGGAUGGGAGGAGUAGGCUUCACAAAAGAUUAUCCUAUUGAAAAAUAUUACAGAGACUGCAAGAUUGGAACCAUAUAUGAAGGAACUUCAAUUAUCCAGUUGAACACCAUUGCAAAAUGCAUUGCUCAAGAAUACUAGAAUCCAAAAGAUUAAUUGAUUUUUACAUGUUCCAAAAAUAGUUAGAAGCAGUUCAUAUCACUAGAGUUUGAUUAUGUCUUUAUUGCCAAGUUCUAGAUCAAAAAAGCCAAAGAAUAGUUAUAUGUUUCAUGUACAACCUCCCUGUAAAACAUCACAGUAUAAAUUACCAGACUGCUAUGUGCCAUAGGAUUGCAGCCUAAAUAGUCCAGGGUAGCCUGAGGUUGUCAGAGUUCAGAAGCUAAGUAAAGGGUUGGCAAUGGUUAGUACUUGGAUGGGAGACCACCAAGGAAGAGUGGGGUUGCUAUGCAACAGAAGAUUGAAGCAAACAAACUCUGCUCAUCUUUUCACCUUGGGAAGUCCCAUGAGGUAGAACUUUAUAUGAUUGCCAUAAGUUAGUUGUGACUGCUUUAGCAUAGUGGUUAAGUGGGUGGGUUGCAAGACAGCACUCUGCUGGUUUGACUCCCACUACUGCCAUGAACUCUGCAGGUGGCCUUGAGUAAGCCACUCCUCUCAGUCCCAGCUCCCCAGCUGUAUUGUGGGGUAAUAAUAACACUGAGUUUGUUAACUGCUCUGGGUGCGGCACUAAAUCUGUCCAGAAAAGUGUUAUAUAAGCACACAGUUAUUAUUACUAUUAUUGAUGGUGUUUUGUUAUUAAGUACCAUAAGAAGGCUAACUAUUAUAAAUGUAAUGGCACAAGUUCUGCCUCUUUUUAAAUACUUGUUGAAUUUUCUAUCUGUCCAUGCUGAAACUUGUCAAAUUGCUAACUCCAUUUGUUUCUGAGUUGGUGAAACAUUUCCUGCAGGAAAUACCUGAAUGUAUUACCAUACGGCGCUUAUUUUAAUCCUUGGAAUCUGUUUUAAUAUAGGGUGUUUAUUGGGAUAUGUGUACAACGUUUUUUUUCAAGUUGUAAAUUGUAGUAAAGCAGUGUAUAUCCCAGAA